CUCCCCUUCUAAUCCCCGCCUCACUCUAGUAUUCUAACUGCUAAACAACCGCUUGGUUUCACUCUAUUUCGCUGCGCCCCUUUGGUCGCCCUAUAUUCUCGCACCAUGGGCAGCGAUGACGAGCUUGCGCUCACCUCUUCUUCAGAUAUCGCCCUGCCAAAAGCUACCGUCAACAAGUUUGCAAACGAAGUUGCCUCCGGCUUAGACGUCCGUCUUACCGCUGACACCCGUGAGCUAAUCGUCUCCUGCUGCACGGAGUUUGUCCAACUCCUCUCCUCGGAGGCCAACGAAAUCUGCGAACGCGACCGAAAGAAGACCAUUACCCCCGAGCAUGUCCUGCGAGCCCUCACGGCCCUGGGCAUGGAGCGCUUUAGUCAGGAAGUCAAGGACGAGUAUGAUAAGGCAAAACAUGACGACAAACUGAAGGCGAGGGGUUCAGGGAGACGCGCAAAGGAGAAGCGUCCGCAGAUUGACAACGCGGAACUACUCCGGCAGCAGGAGGCCUUGUUCGCCAUGGCGAGGAGUGACCCCAUGGCCCAUGCUCAUGCCGCUAAUGACCAGAGUGACCCACAUCCCGGCUGACCAGAUACGUGUUGUACGAGGGCAUGCUGCAGCUCUAGUCCCACCAUGUAAAGUGUAACCAUAUAUCAACUGCGCCAUCACUCAACUACGUUUUCCUUGCUUGCAUCCAACUUCCUCCGUAGUUCAUGUACUUUAAUUGAGACCUAAUCGUAGCACUACGGGGAUGGGCGCCUCCGUUUACUACACCCGCGAUCAAGGCGUGCAGGUGUGCGUUUCAUCAGAGGCAAAAGGAUGAAUCCUAAUCUACGGUGGUAUUCCUUUGAUCAAACUCUUAUUUUUUGAGGCUGCUAUCCUACAAGCCUGGGGGUUAUCAAAUGCUUUUUUUGUUUGUUUUCUCCCAUCGGCUGGCUGUGCUUUACAGCCAAACGCUUCCAAUCUCCGCUAUAAGUUUGUCUGCCCUAUUCGUCUCUUCCGCUUCCAAUUUGCCAGCCCCUUCCCCCCACCCGACCCGUCCACCUCCUUCAUCGUCCAUGAGGGAAGAUCAGCGAUCCGUGAUGAUCAUCUCUCUCUCAAACGAUUUUUGUAUUGGCGACGCUCUCUUGUACCGCCAAAAUGCCUCUUGAGUUAGCCGCCGACGUGUUUGAAGAGCUUUCUGCGCGCCAUCAGAGGGACAGCAUAUAUGCCAAUCGCCGGAUCUUAUGCCUCGCAGCCGCUUCCAUUCUCGUUACGGUAUUCGUUAUUAUCGCCGCCAUCGAUUCAAGCCGGACAAGCUCUGCGCGCCGAUAUGCGAACGCUAUCAAUUGGAAAUCAAAUGCUGCGUUACACUGCGAUGACACCCUGGGAAAGCGAAGGCUAUGGUUUGGAAAUAUCGUCGAGUUUGGGGACUUUUGCGUGCCACAUAAUCUCUCCAACUCAAAAAUCCGUACCGAUGAAGAUCAGGUGCUCAAAUUCAUUGUCAUAGGCGACUGGGGUAGGGACGGCAUGUGUUGUCAGCGAGAUGUGGCAGCUGAAAUGGCUGUCGCCGCGUCCCGAAUACACCCGCAAUUCGUCGUCAGCGUAGGCGACAACUUUUACAACAGCGGUAUCAAGUCCAGCAAAGAUGACCAAGUAGAUAGGAGUUGGCGAGAUGUAUACAUCAAGCCAUACAAAAGCUUGCAAGACGUUAGAUGGAAACCCAUCCUUGGCAAUCAUGAUUACGCUGGCAACGUCGAGGCACUGAUUGACUUGGGAAAGGAAGACUCUCUCUGGCACAUGCCUUCAAAAUAUUAUUUCGAGACUGCCGCUGGCGGAGACGUAUUCAUGGCGUACAUCGACACCACCGUCAUGUACUAUACACAGCAGGAACUGUUAGCUCUCUCCAACAGUGAUGAGUUGUCAACGUCCUAUCGGGACAAACAGGUCGCCGUAAUCAAAAAAGAGCUAGCAGAGAGCACGGCAAAAUGGAAGAUCAUUUUCGGGCACCACCCGUUUUUCGCGUCCGACGAGCACACUUUCGAUGAGGAGCACAACCGCAGGCAGUUGCAAACUACGCUAAUGCACGUCUUCAAAGAGCAUAACGUGUCGAUUUACUUCGGCGGACAUUCACAUACACUUGAGCACCACCACAGCGAUGGCAUCGAUUUUUUCGUCUCCGGAGCCGGUUCCAAAAUUUCGCAGAUACACCGAAACCUCCCAACUGCCAUGUUCGUUAUGGAUCGUCAAGGGUACAUGAUUGCGUCAAUGGACGACACGAAAGAACAUCUGCGAGUCCAAGUUAUCGACAUGAGAGGAAACAUAAUCUACACCGUAUUGAGAGAUGAUCCGCAGUUUCCAAUGUCAAAGGGCAUAGAGUCGUAG